AUGCUGUGUCAACUGAGCAAGCUCCAUCAACUUCGCUACACACCCAUCCUCUAUCGCGCUCCAGAGCUUCGUGAAGCUGAAUCCGUUGGGUUGCUCAGGCAGACUUUGGCUUCUCGACCUGAUCUGGGCAGGUUGAUCGUAGCUUUGCUUGUGCUCGGUGAUGCUUGUCCGGCCGCACCCAUCGCUCGUCUCUUCGAGGAUGACCCUGCUCCCAACAAUCCUCGAUACAGGAUGGCUGUCCAUGACUAUACUACUUCAUCCAGAUCUGGCUGCUUCGGGACCAUGGGAUCGCCCACAGCUGACAGGAUAUUGCAACUGUGUCCCAACGUUCGGACACUGAGCAUCGAUAGACGCUUCUGUUGGGACUGGAGUCCGGGACUGUACGCUCUCAGGCGGGCAAGGGAAAUGACUCUGCUCAACGUAGAAGGAUCUCAUCUGUUUGUAGGAAUGCAUGGAUGUAGGCGUGAUGUGGUCCCGGUUCCCAGACCGGGAGAGACCCCUACACAUGAAGGGGUGCGGAGGCUGCAUGUGAGUGACACCGCGAGGCAGCUGAAUCGCACAUACAGCCCGCUGGAAGCUCACCUCUGUCUCGCGCCACCAUUAGCUCACAUAUUUUCACAAGGACUGCCUACCUGGCUUGUUCACCGCAAGGUCAUUGACUCAUCUGGUGCUCACGUACCCACAACUCCCCCCGCUUGGUCCAACGGGCUUCAUGUUCCCAAUCAUUGGGCGUGGGGCUGUCAUGGCCCUGCUUUCGGCGACUCGCAGUCCAGAUGACUCGGGCCAACGAACGGCUUCCACAGCACCGGCUCUUCAAAAGCUCAUCAUACGAGCUGAUGUGGCCUCGCUCGCUGCCAUCGCCGAUGAAUUGAGACCCAUCGACGAUGAGAGGCUCCGCUUCCGCGUGAUCGGCAAAGCGUCGUCGCAACGCAAGGUGGACGUGCCAGACGAAUCGGGGCCACUCGACUUGCUCAAGGAGCAUCAAGCAAACGCUGUGCGGAGCAGACGACAAGUCAUGUUUGAGCUUGCCGCGUCUGGGCAUCUGCUUUCCACGACGAGCACAGUUGGAGCGACCGGGUCCGGAAAGGCUCGCUACGAAGAGUGGCCGGUGGGCCAUGCAGCAGCAGACGACGACGACCUUCCUCUUGCGGCACCUUGGAAAGACGAAGCUGAUGACGUGCUUGGCGCUACCGCGCAAGGCUUUGCUUGGCUCGAUGCUCAAGCAAAGUCGCUGUCUAAUACAGGCGCUGGUGGAGCAGCCGACGCCGGCUCGGAACCUGAGCAGACGCUCGCCGACGACGUGGCAGGGCUAGUCAUAAAUUAA